AUGAUCUCGAUUUUUCUAUUAAUAUUUUACUCUUUUCAUUUGGGUGUUUUGUGUGAGACGGAGAGUGGUCAAGAGUUGACGCUCCGAAAUCUCGUGAAAUUUGGUGAAAACUCGGCUCUCUUUGAUUCACUCUCAUCAGCCGUUGAACAAAAUCUUCAAAAUCAGCCAGCACAUCAUGAAGUUGAGCCGCACGAGGCAUCGAUCAAUCGAACGCUGACGAUGAGCCGAUUGAACGCACAAUAUUCAUGCCCAGAGGGAUUUGCGGGACGUCAAUGCACUCGACGAGAGGCACCAAGUGUGAUCGGAUGCGGUGGAGUGGUACGAGCCACUCAUGCACCACAAAAGAUCAGAAUCCACAUAAAGCGCAAUGAGAAAGCGACCCAUCUCCGCAACUGCAUCUACCAUUUGGCAGCUCCAAAAGGAAAGCGCGUUGAAGUACGAUUGAAUAAAUUACGUGGGACACUUUGUGAGACGGGUUGUUGGAGGCAAGCGAUCGAAUUGAAGCCACACACGGAUAAGAGGAUCACUGGAUACAGAUUUUGUUGUGCCGGCUAUGCGUCUCGUCGAAUCGUUUCCGCGAAUCAUUUCAUGCCGAUUUUCCUCUUCACAACACGCGGAGACACCGAAGCGACACUUACCUUCAAUAUUUAUAAUCCACAAGGCAGACAAAAUCCCAAUCAAACGAUUGAGGAAGGGUCUGGCAUUGAAGUCGAUGAUCAUGCGGAUAUCUCUGAUUAUCUGAUCAAUGAGAGCGAGGAGUUGGAGAAAGUUGCUCACGACACGUUAAUCGAAGAGCUACCCGAGUACACGAGAGAGCACUCGUUUGUGACUGAAAUGAAAAAAGAAGGAGACGGAUUUGUGACUGAGAUCGCAAAAGGAACCGAAACCGAUUCAAUGAUCAAAACGGGCGGAGCGGAAGAAAAGGGCGACAUUUUCACUAGCUUCCCGGACGGUGAGAUGGAUCCUCUUUCUUUCAUUCAUCCAGCCGAUAUGCCCACUGAGGAGGAGUUGAGGGACACUGACGAAUCGGUGCUUCCAAUUGAUACAGAGGCUUUCGAGAAAGGACGAAAUCCGGCUCAAAAUCGCAUCCCGUUCCGCGAGGCCGACAAGGAGUUGCGCUCU